CUUGUGCUCCGCUCCCCGGCUGACGUCAGGAUGCCAUGGCCGUGACCGAGCGGCCGCCGCAUCCCCGGGCGCCGCCGGUUCACCGGCAGCUGCUGAGUAACGCGGACACCAGCGCCCGGGCUGGUGCUGGUACUGCUGCUGCUGCUGGAAUUGCUGGUACUGGUACCACUGCUGCUGCUGGAAUUGUUGGGGAGGGACGCGCCGGGACCCCCGGGGGCGGCGGGGACCAGCGGGGCUGAGCGCGGGCACGGACAGACGGACAGACGGACCGCCCGCCCGGCCGCGGAUUUGUAAUGCAGGCGGCGUUUCCAGGUUUCUUUUCCACUUUGCUCUCACCCUGCUGUUGGAUUUGAGAUCAUGUCGGUUAAUAUUGUAGCCUUGGGGAACGAAAGGGACGGGUUUUCUGAAGACAAUCAGCAGCCGAGCCUGAUCUGGAGCUACCUCAGGAGAAGCGCCCUCAUUUCCCAGACCGACAGCAGCCUGUCCGCCGGUCACCUCGGAAACGCGGUUUUCACCGAGUACCGAGCCUGUGUGUUCGGAAAUGUCAGGCUGCUGGUGCACGACUGUCCUGUCUGGGAUAUAUUCGACAGUGACUGGUACACCUCUCUCAGUCUCAUUGGAAGAGCUGAUAUUAUUGUGAUUAAAUACUCUGUCAAUGACAAGACUUCAUUUCAAGAACUCAAGGAGAGUUACAUCCCAAUGAUAAAAAAGGCAUUAAACCACUCUUCAGUCCCAGUAAUAAUUUCUGCCAUUGGUGCCAGAAAAAAUGGAGUGACUUGCACCUGCCCCCUGUGCACUUCGGACAGGAGGAGCUGUGUCACCACCUCCGAGGGAGUGCAGCUGGCCAAGGAGCUGGGAGCCACUUACCUCGAACUGCACACACUCAAUGACUUCUACAUACAGAAGUACUUUGGAGGAGUGCUGGAAUAUUUCAUGAUCCAAAGUUUGAACCAGAAGUCAUCUGAAAAAAUGAAGAGAAGGAAAAAGUCACAGAAGUGUCAUCGAGUUCAACCACCGCAGCUUGAACAGCCAGAAAAAAUGCCGAUCCUGAAGGGCGAAGCCUCGCACUACGACGCGGACCUGCACAACCUGCUCUGCUGCUGCCAGUGCGCGGACGUGGCGUUUUACUCCGAAGACCUGAGCACGGUGGUGGAGGCUCACAAGAUCAUCCUCUGCUCCGUCAGCCCCCUCUUCAUGCUGCUGUUUGAGGUGAAGAGCCCGGCCGACAUCCCGGACGCCUCCAUUGUGCUGACGGCGCGGAGCCUCUUUGCGGUGGAUGUUGGGGCCACUUUCCCCCCGUCCCCCCGUGGUGUCCCACCGUGUGUCCCACCGGUGAGGGUGGUGGUGAAGGACUCUGUGUUCUGCUCUUGUCUGCCGGACAUCCUUCACUUCAUUUACUCAGGUGCUUUCCAGUGGGAACGGCUGGAAGAGGAUAUAAAAAAGAAGUUGAAGGACCCAGAAGAAACUGAACAAGUGCUUGAGAAAGUUAAAUGCAUCCUGAAAACUCCAGGGAAGCUGAACGCUGUAAAGGACUGCAGAUCUCACCAGAUAAAGCGGCUGUACAAUACUUCUCUCAGGCUGUUCUUUAAUACGCCUGUCCUGGCUGAUGUCAUCUUCAAAAUACAAGGCGCCACGGUACCAGCGCACAGGGCAGUUCUGGUGGCUCGCUGCGAGGUCAUGGCCGCUAUGUUUAAUGGAAAUUAUCUAGAAGCAAACAGCAUCCUGGUCCCAGUGUACGGGGUUUCCAAAGACACUUUCCUCUCCUUUCUCGAGUAUCUUUAUACCGACUCCUGCUGCCCAGCCAGUAUUCUCCAGGCCAUGUCCCUCUUGAUCUGCGCGGAGAUGUACCAGGUAAUGAGACUCCAGCACAUCUGUGAGCUCUACAUCAUCACGCAGCUCCAGAGCAUGCCGAGCAGGGAACUGGCGUCCACGAGCCUCAGUAUUGUCAGCUUGCUCAAAAAGGCCAAGUUUCACAAUUCUGAUUGUCUCUCAACCUGGCUUCUUCAUUUUAUUGCCACUAACUACCUCAUCUUCAGUCAAAAGCCUGAAUUUCAAGAUCUUUCAGUGGAGGAGCGCAAUUUCGUAGAGAUGCACAGGUGGCCUUCCAACUUGUACCUGAAGCAGCUUGCAGAGUACAGGAACUACGUCCACUCUCAGAAGUGCCAUUGUGCAGUGAUGUAAGAAGCCUGAACACACACAAAGUGCAUCUCAACUGGGAAAUCUCAGACUGGGAAUGAUACGGAGCAUAAUAAUCACAUCAAGAGCAAAACCAGAUGUUCCCUGCAAUGCGGUAUGCCUUGCUGUAGUGCACUUACUAGUGGUCCUCGCUUUGAUAAUAAACCACGCUGUUUAUUUUUUUCCCUAAAGCACAGAGAAAUGUAGCAUGAAGAUUUAUUUCAAGCACAAAGAUUUCACACUGAUGGGGAUUUAACGUAGCAUGGGACAGUGUCAUGACUGUCAUCUGUUCCGCCUUCUUAUUUCUUUAUUGCUUGUUGCAUUGUUUUUGAUGGUUAUUUCUGCCUGCCAAAUCAGCACCUGUUGAAAGCAGUGUUUUUUGUAAAUCUGUGUACAGUAGGAGCAUUGUGGCAGUGCAGGAAAGCUGAGAAGUCAGCUCUUAAGUUCUUUAAAUAUUUCAGAAUGCAAAAAUUUACUGCAUCAUCUGUUGGUUUGCAAAAUAAAGUGUAGGCUUAAUAAACAUUUUAGUAACUGUUUGUUUUCUACUUCAAGUUAAGUAUCUAGUUCCUUUUGUUAAAACUGUUAGAGUCGUAUGAGCAGGUGUUUUACUUCCAGAAGGAUGGCUAUGUGUCACUAUAUUCCCUAGUGCCUCCCAAACAUAUAGAAAUUAAACAUAUUUUCCUUCCGAGUGGACAGGAGAAGAAAGUCUGUUUCAAUAAUUCAUAGAACACCUUUGCUAGUGUUGUCAUAUUCUAUUUUCUCCCCAGGAGGAAAGAAGUCAGACCAGAGCAUAUCCAUACUGUACUGGGAGGGACUGGGAGGGAAGGGGUCUUUAACGUUAUGUAGGUUUGUGGGGCAAAACUCAUUGACACUAGUGACCUUUUGAGGAAAAGUGGACAGGGAAUGCCAACUUUGAGCUCAACCCUCCCCAGGGGGGACUCAAUUUAAACUGAAUUGUCAUCAUGUGCCAUAAACUACAUCAUGUGAGAUAAACAUGAUUAUUUCUUGCUGUGUAGAGUCUUUCUCAGAUACAACAGAGAAAUCUGAAAUAUUAUGACUAGGAUGACCCUUGUGGACAGUACCGAGAGUUUUCUCAACCUGAAUCAUUCGUUGUCACCUUGUGUAUACGUAGUAAUAUCAAAGACAACAUGAACCCAACCAUUACAUAACACAUCUGUCUGAGCACAGAUGUUUUUCUGUUAGUAGAGAUCUUAUCAAAGAAUUAAACCCUUCUUGUCUUGUUGUGUUUUAAAUUCUGCUAUGCCAGCUGCAUUUAAUUUAGUUAUGUAGUCUGAGCCUAGAAAGACAAAGAAAAGACACUGAAAAUGCUAUUUAGUGUUACCUCAAUGUCCGCAACAGGACAUCUAGAAAGUAGUUGGAGACUGCAGAUGGAACACCAAAUUAUGGACCUGAAUCUUUUUUUGUUUUAUUUUUUGCUUGAAAGACUUUUUUAAAAAUAUUUCAAUACAUGUUUAUAUGUGAAUUGUUCUUUUCAAAUUCCAUGCUAGAGUCAUAGAGAUUUAUUUACUUUUCCUGGUGAUGUUUUGCAGAGGUUGAGAGGGUAUUUCCUUUCCUAUUUUUGGAUAGAAAAAAUAACAAUAAUAAUAAAAAAUCUUGUGACUCAGCUGGCUGCUGCAGGCUCAAAAUUCUGAGGUUGUUUUUAUGUAAGAAUGAGAAUUCAUUUUUAUUUUUAAAUUUUCACCCUAAAAUUCUUUAGAAGAUGAGAUAUACUUAUCUACAGCCCACUUAUAUAGGAAGUCUGAAAUAUAGAGUAUUACAUUAAAUUUUCAAGGCCACUAAAGAGAAACAAAAACUUUAAAUAAAAAGUAUGCAGAGGAAAGUAAUACAUAUUGAAAUCAAAUGUGAAAAAAACAUUAUUUCCCAUCAUCAUAGUAAACAUUUAAAAUAAUAGGCAUAAGUUAACUGGAUAGAUACAAACAAAGCUAUGGGGUUUUUGAAACAUUCAGCUCUGAACCAAAAACGAAAAGAAAAGGUGAAAUACAGGUUGCCUGGACACCCAAGAGCAUCUUUGGUCACAACUUGUGCUUCUACCAGCAGAUCAGUUAUCAAAAAUACGGAUUAUAUGCCUCAUACUGACUUCUUGUACAAAACUGAGACAAAGUUGUGUGAAUGUUUGUCUGUGUUGCACAUGGUCCUAAAUUUUUAGUGUUUUGAAAACUUUCCCAGGUUUUUUUUUCCUAGCAGUUAGUCUGUUGCCAGUAAUUUAAGAACAAAUAAAAAGCAACAAAAUAAUGUUUUUAACUUCCUGUAAAUGUUUUAUAGUCAUUUAAAUAUAGGCUUAAUGGAAAUACAAACACUUUAUAACCAAACAAGAGAAAUAUUUUGCUAUUGUGUAUUUUAGUCAGUGGUAAGCGUAGGUUUUAUAAAGAGAAGCCAGGCAGUGUAAACAUAUUUAUUAUUUAUUGGCAGAUUAAUGCAUGCUGCUACUCAGACAUUAAAACGGUUUUCCCUUUUACUGAGUAUCCUCAUAAUGGUGCCUGUAUCAGGUGCGGGUGUGUUGUCCUUGCAGACACAGGCCAUAUGAUAAAUUUAAAUUCUUAGAAGAAUUCUUAUUAUAAAUUCUUAUUUCUAAGCUGUGUGAUGAUUUUCUGUAUUAAUGCGUUUACCUUAAAGCUAUUUUAAAAACUAAUACUUUGGCAUUCAGAAACAUGACUGAAAGUAAAUGAUGAUGAGUCAUCAGCAAUUUUUUUAAGUGGAGGCAUGAGGACAGUAUCAGACAGUCAGGAAUUAGGGCAGGACUAAGUUUGGUAUUUAUGACAACUUUGUGUGGUAUAUAUAAAGUAAAAAUUGCUAUGAUAUGAAAAAACACCCUUUUCACUAUGGUAUAAAGCAAAAAUCAGGGACCAGAUGGGGGGGCAAGGGGAAAAACAAAGUUAUUUAAGCACAGAUCCCAGCAUCUCCCAACCUCAAGGACAGAGUAGAAGUCAAAGAAAGAGGCCAGUGGUCAACCUGGGUGCCCUCAGGCAGGACUUAGAGGGUUGGGAUUACAGUUUCAGGUUUAGAUUUAAGUGGAGUUUUGAAUCCCGAGUCCGUCAUUAGAACUAACUCUCUAAAUUCACAUCUAGAAGAUGGUUUUUUGAACAACAGAUCGCACCGUAUAAUACUUGUACCAAUACAUGUGUGUGCUUGUCCCAAGCUAGCAAGAAGCUUGCCAGAGACUGACACAGUCAGGUAAAAACCUCUGCUAUUGUCCUUUAGUUCUUGCUGUAUUUGAUUGAUUUGAUUUAAAAAAUAAAUAAAAAGAGAGAAGGAAGAAAAGCUAUUUUAUUAACCAUGUGCUGAAAUGGUUGUAUGUUUUGCUUUUUACAUACUCUGACUAAAUUGUACUUGGUUUUAGGUUGACUAUGUAAAAUUUUGUUAGAAAAUAAAAAAAAAAAUCUCUAGUCA